AUGCGUCCCGAAGUCGAACAAGAACUCUCCCACACCCUGCUCAUCGAGCUGCUGGCCUACCAGUUUGCAUCGCCUGUCAGAUGGAUUGAAACACAGGACGUCUUCCUCGCCGAGAGGACGGCUGAGCGCGUUGUCGAGAUCGGCCCUGCUGAUACUCUUGGUGUCAUGGCCAAGCGUACCCUCGCCUCCAAGUACGAAGCCUAUGAUGCCGCCAAAUCCGUCCAGAGACAGAUUCUCUGCUACAACAAGGACGCAAAGGAGAUCUACUACGAUGUAGAUCCUGUAGAGGAUGAGCCAGAGUCUGCUGCUCCCGCCGCUGGGUCUUCUGCCAGUGCUGCGCCAGCCUCCGCCGCUCCGGCCGCCGCCGCCGCCGCCGCGCCCCCUCCCCCCCCCAGUGCUGGCCCUGCGGCUCAGGUUCCCGACCAGCCUGUGCAGGCCGUCGACAUUGUUCGCGCUCUCAUUGCGCAAAAGCUCAAGAAGCCCCUCCUCGAUGUGCCUUUGAGCAAGGCCAUCAAGGAUUUAGUUGGCGGCAAGUCGACACUACAAAAUGAGAUUCUCGGUGAUCUUGGAAAAGAAUUCGGCUCCACUCCCGAGAAGCCUGAAGAUACCCCUUUAGACGAGCUCGGCGCAUCCAUACAGCCUACAUUCGACGGCAACUUGGGCAAGGUCUCCCAGUCCCUGAUCGCCCGUCUCAUUUCCUCCAAGAUGCCUGGCGGUUUCAACAUCACAGCUGCUCGCAAGUACCUCGAGACAAGGUGGGGUCUUGGUUCUGGUCGACAGGACGGUGCACUGCUACUGGCUCUGACCAUGGAGCCUGCGGCGCGUCUUGGCGCUGAAGGCGAUGCCAAGGCCUUCCUCGACGAUGUUACUCAGAAAUUUGCCGUCAACGCUGGUAUAAGUCUCACCAGUACCGCCGCAGCUGAUGCGGGUGCCAGCAGUGGCGGUGGUAUGAUGAUGGAUCCUGCCGCCAUCGAUGCUCUGACCAAGGAUCAGCGCGCUCUGUUCAAGCAACAGCUCGAGCUCUUUGCGCGCUAUCUCAAGAUGGACCUUCGCUCCGGUGACAAGGCUUUCAUUGACUCUCAAAAAUCUGAAAAGAUCCUACAGGCCCAGCUUGACCUCUGGACUGCUGAGCACGGUGACUUUUAUGCCUCCGGUAUCGAGCCUGUUUUCAGCCCCCUCAAGGCCCGCACAUACGACUCCUCUUGGAACUGGGCUCGCCAAGAUGGUCUCAGCAUGUACUUCGAAAUCAUUUUCGGUAGACUCCAGACUGUUGACCGUGAAAUCGUUAGCCAGUGUAUCCGCAUCAUGAACAAGUCCAACCCGAAGUUGCUCGACUUCAUGCAGUACCACAUCGACAACUGCCCGACCGAGCGAGGCGAAACAUACCAGCUCGCUAAAGAGCUCGGAUACCAGCUUAUUGAGAACUGCAAGGAUGUCUUGAACGUUGACCCUCACUACAAGGACGUUGCUGUACCUACUGGUCCACGUACCACGGUCGACGCUCGUGGCAAUCUCAAUUACGAGGAAGUCCCCCGCGCGAGCUGCAGAAAGCUCGAGCACUACGUUCAGCAGAUGGCCGAGGGUGGCAAAAUCUCCGAGUAUGGCAACCGGACCAAGGUCCAGAGCGAUCUCCAGCGCAUCUACAAGCUCAUCAAGCAGCAGCACAAGAUGUCCAAGACAUCGCAGCUUGAAAUCAAGAGCCUGUACGGCGAUGUGCUUCGCUCUCUUGGCAUGAACGAAAGCCAAAUUAUCCCCAAGGAGCCCGGCAAGGGCCGCAUGGCUACGACCCUCAAGGGCAGCAGCAGCAAUAAGGGCCGUGUUGAGACAAUUCCCUUUCUGCAUCUCAAGAAGAAGACUCUUCAUGGCUGGGACUACAGCAAGAAGCUUACUUCUGUGUAUCUCGACUGUCUUGAGGAAGCUGCCCGUGCUGGCGUUACCUACACUGGCAAGCAUGUUCUUAUGACUGGCGCUGGCGCUGGCUCCAUUGGUGCUGAAGUCCUUCAGGGCCUGAUUAGCGGUGGUGCUCGCGUUGUUGUCACUACUAGCCGAUUCUCCAAGGAAGUCACCGAAUACUAUCAGUCCAUGUACACUCGUUAUGGCUCCCGCGGAUCUCAGGUUGUAGUCGUUCCCUUCAACCAGGGCAGCAAGCAAGAUGUCGAAGCUCUCAUUGACUACAUCUACGACCUCAAAAAUGGUCUGGGCUGGGAUCUCGACUACAUUGUGCCUUUUGCCGCCAUUUCUGAGAACGGCCGCCAGAUUGACAGCAUUGACUCGCGCUCUGAGCUCGCCCACCGUAUCAUGCUUACCAACCUUGUCCGACUUUUGGGAUGCGUUAAAGCUCAGAAGGCUGAGCGUGGCUUCGAGACCCGCCCUGCUCAGGUUGUUCUUCCUCUCUCUCCCAACCACGGUACCUUUGGUAACGAUGGUCUCUACUCUGAGUCAAAGCUUGCUCUCGAGACUCUUUUCAACCGAUGGUACUCUGAGAGCUGGGCCAACUACCUCACCAUCUGCGGUGCCGUCAUUGGUUGGACCCGCGGCACGGGUCUCAUGUCUGGCAACAACAUUGUUGCUGAAGGCGUUGAGGCUUUUGGUGUCCGCACCUUCUCUCAGCAGGAGAUGGCUUUCAACCUGCUUGGACUCAUGUCUCCUACCAUCGUUGAUCUUUGCCAGUCGGAGCCUGUCUUUGCGGAUCUCAACGGUGGCCUGCAGUUUAUUCCAAACCUGAACGAGGCCAUGACUAAGCUCCGCAAGGACAUAAUGGAGACGAGCGAGAUUCGCAGGGCAGUCACCACGGAGAGCGCUAUCGAAAAUACCAUUGUCAACGGAGCCGAGUCCGAGGUCCUUUACAAGAAGAAGACCAUUGAUCCCCGCGCCAAUAUCAAGUUUGACUUUCCUCCCUUGCCUGAUUGGAAAGAAGAGGUUGCUCCGCUCAAUGACAAGCUCAAGGGCAUGGUUGACCUGGAAAAGGUGGUGGUAGUCACUGGUUUCGCUGAAGUUGGUCCCUGGGGUAACUCGCGUACCCGAUGGGAGAUGGAAGCUUUCGGCGAAUUCUCUCUUGAGGGAUGUGUUGAAAUGGCGUGGAUAAUGGGUCUCAUCAAGAACCACAACGGUCCUAUCAAGGGCAAGCCUUACGCUGGCUGGGUCGAUGCCAAGACUGGUGACCCCGUUGACGACAAGGACAUCAAGGCCAAGUAUGAGAAGUUCAUUCUGGAACACUCCGGCAUUCGUCUGAUCGAGCCCGAGCUUUUCGCUGGCUACGACCCAAACAAGAAGCAGCUUCUCCACGAGGUUGUCAUUGAAGAGGAUCUUGAGCCAUUUGAAUCCUCCAAGGAGACUGCUGAGGAGUUCAAGCGUGAACACGGUGACAAGGUCGAGGUGUUCGAGAUCCCCGAGAGCGGCGAGUAUCUGAUUCGUCUGAGAAAGGGGGCUUCGCUCUGGAUCCCGAAGGCGCUCCGUUUCGACCGUCUCGUGGCUGGACAGAUCCCCACAGGCUGGGAUGCCAAGCGAUACGGCAUUCCUGAUGACAUUAUCGAUCAGGUUGACCCUGUCACUCUGUUCUUGCUUGUCUCAACUGCCGAGGCUCUUCUAUCCAGCGGUAUCACUGACCCGUACGAGUUCUACAAGUAUGUUCACGUCUCUGAGGUCGGUAACUGCGUUGGUUCUGGUAUGGGUGGUACUACUGCCCUCCGCGGUAUGCACAAGGAUCGUUACCUCGACCAGCCUCUCCAGAACGAUAUUCUUCAGGAGUCGUUCAUCAACACCAUGGCCGCUUGGGUUAACAUGUUACUCAUUUCUUCCUCUGGUCCCAUCAAGACUCCUGUCGGUGCUUGCGCUACGGCUGUUGAGUCUGUCGACAUUGGAUACGAGACUAUCAUGGAAGGCAAGGCUCGUGUCUGCUUUGUCGGUGGCUUUGACGACUUUGGCGAGGAAGGCUCGUACGAGUUUGCGAACAUGAAGGCAACGAGCAAUACCAUUGAUGAGAUGGCACAUGGCCGCACACCAAAGGAGAUGUCUCGUCCCACCACUACGACCAGAAACGGUUUCAUGGAGUCCCAGGGCUGUGGUGUACAGGUUAUCAUGACUGCCAAGCUUGCUCUUGAUAUGGGUGUUCCCAUCCACGGUAUUCUCGCGCUUACCACUACUGCCUCUGACAAGAUUGGCCGCUCUGUCCCCGCUCCUGGUCAGGGUGUUCUCACGACUGCUCGUGAAAAUGCUGGCAAAUUUCCUUCGCCUCUUCUGGACAUGGACUACCGACGUCGCCAGAUUGAGCGCCGCAAGAAGCAGAUCAAGCAGUGGCAAGAGUCCGAGCUUGAGUUUAUUCAUGACGAGAUCAGCGCCAUGAAGGCUCAGCAGAGCGAGUUUGACGAGAAUGAGUAUGCACACGAGCGCGUUCAACACAUCGAAAAGGAGGCUGCUCGUCAAGAAAAGGAACUUCUUCGCAGCAUGGGCAACAAUUUCUGGAAGAGCGACCCCAGCAUCGCCCCUCUACGUGGUGCCCUAGCUACUUGGGGUCUUACUAUCGAUGAUCUUGGAGUCGCUUCUUUCCACGGUACUUCCACCAAGGCCAACGACAAGAAUGAGUCUUCUGUCAUCUGCCAGCAGCUGCGUCAUCUCGGACGUUCUGAGGGUAACGCCGUACUUGGUAUCUUCCAGAAGUACCUCACCGGUCACCCCAAGGGUGCUGCAGGUGCCUGGAUGAUGAACGGCUGCCUGCAGGUCCUCAAUUCUGGCCUGGUUCCUGGCAACCGCAAUGCCGACAACGUCGACCCUAUCAUGGAAGACUUUGAUAUGAUCCUCUACCCCAGCCGCAGCAUCCAGACGGAUGGCAUCAAGGCCUUCUCCGUUACCUCGUUCGGUUUCGGCCAGAAGGGUGCUCAGGCUAUUGGUGUUCACCCCAAGUACCUCUUUGCCACUCUCGAUGAGCGCACAUAUGCCCAGUACUGCAUCAAGGUGGAGGCUCGCCAGAAGAAGGCUUACCGCUUCUUCCAUAACGGCCUCAUCAACAACAGCCUGUUUGUUGCCAAGUCCAAGGCUCCUUACACUGAUGAGCAGCUCAGCUCGGUUCUUCUCAACCCUGACGCUCGGGUCUCAACUGAGAAGAAGACUUCUGACCUCACAUUUGCCGCCGACUUUAUGAAGAAAUCUGAAAAGGUUAUUCCCUCUGUCUGGGCUAAGGAGACCCAGCAGGUCAUGGAGACGCUUGCACGCAAGGUUGCCAGCCAGAACAGCAAGGUUGGUGUCGAUGUUGAGGAUAUUGCCGCCAUCAACAUUGACAAUGCUACUUUUAUCGAGCGUAAUUUCACUGCCAGUGAGAUUGCGUACUGCAAGAAGGCCCCCAGUCCCCAGAGCUCAUUCGCUGGUCGCUGGAGUGCCAAAGAGGCUGUUUUCAAGUCGCUUGGUGUCACCAGCAAGGGUGCCGGUGCCGCCAUGAAGGAGAUUGAAAUUUCUCGGGACGAGGCUGGCGCGCCCAAGGUCUCGCUCCACGGUGAAGCCGCUUCUGCUGCCAAGCAGGCUGGCGUAAAGGACAUUUCCCUGUCCAUCUCGCACUCGGACAGUCAAGCGAUUGCUGUUGCUGUUGCGAGUUUCUAA